GCAGAUGGGGUGGGGAUGGUGACGCGCAUCGUCUUCGCCUGGCUCCAGGGACCCUCCCUGGACUGCGAGGCCAAGCAGUGGCGGCUGGCCGCUGACGUCAUCAACGACCUGGGGCUGAGCGCGGUGGCGGUGGCGGGCGGGGCCACGCGGGCGGCCGUGGGCCGUGCACCAGGCCCGCAGGGAGAACGCGGCCGAGGUGAGCGCCAAGGAUGGCAGCCAGGAGACGCUGGUGAACGCCGUGGGGCUGCUGCUGGCGCUGCUGCUGCUGCCCCUGCUGGAGGGGCGGCCAUGGCUGAGCUGGCUGCUGGUGGCCCUGCUGGUGGCCGCCCACCUGGGCUGCAACCUGAGGGCGGUGGGGGCCCUCUGCAUGCCCACCCUCAACAGGCCCCGCCUCCGCCUCGCCCUGGACGGGGCUUGCGGGGAAGCCCCGCCCCCAAGGCCCAGGCCACGCCCCCCGGCGGUGACGUCAUCGACCUGCCCGUGCCCGGCCCCGAGGAGGUCAACCCCCGAGAGCCGCUGCUGCCCGGCUUCAGCACCCGCCUGCGCCUCCACCUGGGCGCCCCCCUGCACCGCCUGGUCAAGAGCGUGGCCGAGCUGAGGAAGGCGGCGGAGUGCGGCACCCGCGACUACCUCAUCGUGCUGCGCCCCAGCCAAGGCUGGGUGGGGGUGGGGCUGCGUCACGGGGCCCCCCCCGACACCCCCCUGCGGGCCUGCGCCCACGCCCUGCUGCUGGAGGAGCUGCUGGGCCCCGAGCUGCCCCCGGGGGCACCCAUGGGUGCUGCCCUGCGCCGCCUCCAGCAGCGCCUGCGCCGCUGCCCUCCGGGUUCGGUGCCGUGGGCCGCCUUGGCCGAAAGCUCGCGGAUUUGGGAUGACGUCAUCGGCCCCGCCUUCUUACGUGGCUUGGCCAACGCCGGUUGGCUGACGGAGCGCCACCAACUGGCCCCCGACGAAUGGCGGCUCGACUGGGCGGGGCUGGGGGGCGGGGUUUCGGGGGAGAAGCCCCGCCCACCUUGACUCCACCCGAUUUCCCCCAAAAUUACCCCAAAACGGCGCGAGGAGCGAAAAUCGCUUUUUUUUCGACAACCGGAUCAAAUUUCCCCCGGUUUUGGGGGGCGAUUUACGAAAAUUCACAUUUUUUGCAUCCCUUCCGGACUUUUCGCACCCAAAAAGCAAAGUUUGAGGGUGGUUUUGGGGUCGUUUGGGGUGCUUUUGGGUCAUUUGGGGUGGUUUUGGGUCAUUUCGGAUGGUUUGGGGUCAUUUGGGAUGGUUUUGGGGUCAUUUGGGACGGUUUUGGGGUAAUUGUGGGCAACCUGGAUGUUUUGGGACAUUUUGAUGAAAUUCUUCGGAUUUGGGACAUGCAUUUGAAUUUUGGGGCGAAUCAGGUGUUUUAAGACAUUUUGAUGAUUCAUAAAUGCUUUGAGAAGAUUUCAGCAA